CCUCGACACCGUAACGAUCUACGGCCUUCCUGCAAGUUCUUUUACUGCUGUUGGCUAGGAAUACAAGGUCGCCCACAUAGUGGUUUGUUCUCUCCUCACUUUCCUCUGAACCACAACUCCAACGGCGUCGCGAAAUCAAGCAAACGAACCCACAAGGCUGUUGAAUCUUGCGGUAUUUGCGCACUUGACUGCCGAUACGGUAGCCUAGAGGUGCCUGAACGACUGCUUGUCGGCUGUCAGUUACUUUGCCCAAUAACGACUUCCAGACCGUUCGAUCAGCUGUCUCCUCUAGGCCGUCACUAAGCCCACCAACCCCGCGCCUCCAGCCCGCACAACUUACUCACGUACGAGACCCUAGCAGAGACGUCACCACAGGACCAUGUCGAAUCAGUGUAUUCUCAGAAUCACCCGCGAACUGGGCGAGAUCCAGCGCGGAUCCGACCUCUCAAUAGCUGUCGCCUGUCGCGACAUCGAUGUGCGCCAUGUGCGGGCACUGAUCAUAGGCCCGCCUGAUACCCCAUACGAGUUUGGCUUCUUCGAAUUUGCUGUCAAGUUCACUCGAGACUACCCAACCAAAGCGCCAAGCGUAACAGCUAUAACUACAAAUGGCGGGCGCACGCGCUUCAAUCCUAACAUCUACGCAGGCGGAAAGGUGUGCCUGUCAAUUCUUGGCACAUGGCGAGGCGAGCGUGGCGAAGAGUGGUCAUCUGCACAGGGCCUUGAGUCAAUCCUGAUCUCCAUCCAGAGCCUCAUGUCUGGCAACCCGUACGAGAACGAGCCCGGUUUUGAAGACGCGAACUCCGACUACGACAAGAAGAACCAAGAAGCAUACGUGGACAAGAUUCGACAUGAGUCUCUCCGCAUAUCUGUUAUUGAACGGCUUGAGGAAUAUCUAGGCAUCAACCGACAGAGGCCUGGUGUGACAAUCUACAAUGCUGAAGAAGACUAUCAAUCCAACAGAGACGAUGCGCCGUUCGAACCUUUCAAGGAUCUCUGCAAGCGACGUUUUCUGUGGUAUUAUCAGUCCUAUCUCACUCGGGUAGAUGAAGCUGUCAAGCAGAACAAAGAUGGAGAUCGCUUUGAGAAGAUGCCAUUUGAAGGCCCCGGAAAUACCAUGGAGGGUGUUUUCCAAUACACGUCUCUCCGGGAGCGUCUUGUCAAGAUUUUCGAGACGCUCAACAAGGAAAUGGAAUCUUGGGCCUUGGAAGGCAUGUCGGCCGUUAAGAAAGAGAUGAGCAUUGCCAACAACCUUCAGCGGCAAUACGAACAGAUUGUCGAGAAAUACAAGAAGCAAGACGCAAUCGCAUUGGACCUCGACUUGGUCGACAAGAAUCCAUUUGUAUGGCAGCUGGUUCUCUUUGGCCGACCAAUGACGAACCUAGACGGGGGCAUGUUCAGGAUUAGGCUGUACAUCAGCCCCAAGUUCCCAGAUGUCCUACCUCGAGUCCGGUUCGAGACACCAAUUCUAUACCACCAUCGCGUGUCCCCCGACGGUAUUCUCUGCUAUGACGCUGCUCGUAAAGACGAUAUGCGAUCCCACAUUGAGGCCAUCAUUGCAGCUAUCGAGGAGGAAUCGCCUGCGUACGACCCACGCACGUUGGUGAAUCCCGAGGCUGCAAAGCUUUUCUGGGGAAGUCCAGAAGAUAAGAAGCUCUACAACCGUCGCUUGAGGCGGUCCGCGCAAGACAGCGCUGAAAAUUUCUUCUAAGUAAAAAAGAGGGUUAUGCGGAUGACGAUUUAACGGCCGACCGCAUCAGUUAUGAUCUUACAUGAUACCCCAAGUCUGAUCCAGGCUUGCAUUAUACGGCGUUUGUGGGCUCUACUAGGCAUCGUAGUAUGAAAGAUGACCACCUCGAAAUAUGGCGUUAGUUAACCAAUGGUGGUACAAUUUAUCAUGAAUACAUCGAGUUCUUGCAUGGGCGCACAUGUGCGCGUAUAUGCAUCUACAUGGGUUACAGGC